AUGGUCCGAGUCGACAAGGCCGUCAUUGGCCUUUUGCUUUCUUCCAGCGGUCUUGCGUCUGCUGCCACGGAGCCAUGCGCCCAGGUCGCGGAGGAGCAGCAGAAGCAGAAGGCGGGGAACCCAAACGCUCCCAACUUUACCGUCUCUGCAGAGCUCGCGUACGCCUGUCUGACAUCGGUUCCAUUCAAGUCAAACGACUCCCUGCAGUUAAUUGACGGUUUGAAGUAUUUCUGGGACUGGCAGACAACCAAGGAUUUCCUGAAGAAUCCACCACAAGGCUACGCCGUUCCCGGCACUGAUCUUGAGGGAGGACUUGCAAAGAUCCGCCAAAAGGCAGCUAACAAUGGCUACAAGAAUGAGUUCGAAUUCCAGUUCGAGCUAGAUGCACUUGUGAGAACUGUGCAUGAUGGCCACUUUAAUUUGGCAAUGGAUCUUAUCACCACAUUUGCCUUCACUCGCUCUGACAUUGGUUCGCUGGUGUCUCUUUCUAAUGACGGAAAGGACUUGCCUAAGAUCUACUCUCUGAAUGACCUCCAAGGUCGAUCGAUGAACGCAUCAGCUCUCAAAACCAUUGACGGCCAGGAUGCCACUGAGUGGAUGAAAAAGUUCUCCUUCAGCGGAUUCUUCCAGGAUCCUGAUGCCCUUUACAACGGCAUGCUCUUCAACCUUCCACUCACCAGGGUCAGCGGUACCGGUGGAUUCUUCACAAGCCGCGGUCUCUACACAGGCACCGGGAUGAGCGUUACCUUUGAGAACGGAACCACCAAACAGUUUGGUCAUACCGCUACUUCCACUGCUGACUUCUCCGGAGUCAAGGAUGGCCGUGGUUUCUACGAGAAAUUCUGCACCGGCAAGCAAUCAGCUACUGUUGCCGCUCUAAGGGAUUACGAGUACACUGCGCUCCGAGAUCACCGCUUCCUCACUGCCAGCCCAAUCUCUUCGCCACCAUUCCCCUUGGCUCAGCGUACCGUUCCUCCAGUAACUCCCCUGCGAGAAUCCAAGGAUGGUGCCGCUGCUGGUUACUUCCUAGAAGGCAAGGACUCCAAGGUGGCCGUGCUUAACCUUCGAUCCUUUGUUGGCGCUGCUGAUAACAACGAUCCCUUGUGGGACUUCAGCUACACCGUCACUAAGUUCUUGGAAGACUGUAGGAAGGCGGGUAAGGAGAAGCUGAUUGUUGAUGUUAGCGGUAAUAGGGGUGGUACCAUCUUCCUAGGCUACGAUACUUUCAAGCAGCUCCUCCCAAGAGGCAAGAUUGAAACCCCCUUCAACCUCCGUGCUAUUGAGCAGUUCGACAUCAUUGGGACUAAGGUCAACUACCUCCUCAAGCAUCCCCGCGACCCCAAGGCCCCAGCCGCCGAGGAGAUGCGAGACGAUAUCUUUGAUACCAACUCCUACGUUGACCCUAAUGGCAGGAAGUACCGAUCUUGGGACUCCUACUUUGGCCCAGAGACCGUUGAGGCUGGCAACUUUAGCCGCCUUGCUAUCUGGGACUUCCACAAUAUCCCUAUGUCACUCAAGGCCGGCGGUCUUGUUGUCUCUGGUUAUGGCAACCGCAGCCAUAUUGCCCCCCAGGCAUUUAAGAAGGAGAAUAUUGUCCUUGUCACUGAUGGUAUCUGUGCGUCUACUUGUGCUAUAUUCUCCGAUCUGAUGAACCGUAACGGUAUCAAGUCUAUUGCCGUAGGUGGACAGCCUCGAACGGGCCGCAUGCAGGCUGUUGGUGGUGUCAAAGGCACCCAGGUCCUUACUUUCCGUGAGCUCUGGAGUAUUGCUGAGCUGGUUAUUAAGAAGUAUUCUACCCCCCGCGAGCAGCAUGAGUUGGAGAAGACCCAGCUCGGCGAGAUGUACAAUAAGGGCAAGUAUGUGCUGUCCCGCCUGCUUAAUAGCGGAGCUGGUGGCCGUGUUAAUUACCGCAACGCCGUCUUCACCAGUGAUAGGAAGCGAGUGCCUCGCCAGUUUGUCUACGAGCCUGCCCACUGCAGGAUGUUCCUGACCAAGGACGCCCUUCUUGACGUCAAGCGCUGGUGGGGAGGUGUUGCAAACUCUUGGUGGGGCGACAAAGGCCGAUGUAUCGAGGGAUCUACCUAG